AUGUCAUGGCCUAAUAUUAUACAGGCAGGAAGCAGUAGCAUUGAUCCGACCCAGCUCGAGGGCGGGCGACAGCAGUUUCCAGAAGUGAUAGCCUGGAGAAUUAAGUUAAUCCGGCCACCGCGCGCGUAUCAUCGUUGUUCCCCCCGAGUAGAGAGGGAGAGUCUGGACACUGGAUCCAUGGACGGAGGGCGCGUUCAAAACAAAUCCUGGUCCGCCCGUGGUCCAGACAGUAACGAUGAUCCCAAUUCCAACGGCCGGGACUAG